CUCGCCGUUCGCAGUCCGUUGGAAUUUCUCGUGGCGUUCGGUUCGUGUUACUGAAAAUUUGGAAUUGACUUCUCGCCUUCGUGCGGCAUUUAAAAACAUUGCAACGCCUGAUUUUUUCUGCGAAUUAUUGAAAGAUUAUUAUUGAAUACUAAAGAAAACCCUAGUGCGUCUGUAGUUUCGCGAAGUGAACAAAUUGUGAUUAAAACAGAGACUGAAAAUCAAGGAAAGUGCAUUUUUGCCGGCUGGAGAAAAGGAAUCUCACACACACACAUUCUCACACGAAUACAGCAAUGGCCGAAGGGCCGACUGAAAGGAACUAGAACAGCAGUGAAAACUCAAAUAAGUUCUCGGCGAGUGGACGCGGAGGCAACAGCAAGAGCAGCAGCCGCCGCCCCCAGAGAGCAGCAGCAGCAGGAGCAACGCGCCCGUUAGCCAAGGCCGAUAACGGCAACGAGGAGCUACUGCAAUGGCCACACUAAUACCAGUGAACGGCGGCCAUCCAGCAGCGAGCGGACAGUCCUCCAAUGUGGAGGCCACAUACGAAGAUAUGUUUAAAGAAAUUACACGCAAAUUAUACGGCGAGGAGACCGGAAACGGUUUGCAUACGCUUGGCACGCCGGUGGCUCAGGUGGCCACCAGCGGGCCAACGGCGGUGCCCGAGGGCGAGCAGCGCUCCUUCACCAACCUGCAACAAUUGGAUCGCUCGGCAGCGCCCAGCAUAGAAUACGAGUCCAGUGCGGCAGGUGGUGCCUCCGGCAAUAACGUGGCUACCACCCAGGCCAAUGUAAUCCAACAGCAACAGCAGCAGCAGCAGCAAUCCGAAUCGGGUAACUCUGUGGUGGUGACGGCCAGCAGUGGAGCAACUGUGGUGCCGGCACCCAGUGUGGCGGCCGUGGGUGGCUUCAAGUCCGAGGAUCAUUUAAGUACCGCCUUUGGGUUAGCGGCCCUGAUGCAGAACGGCUUUGCAGCGGGCCAGGCGGGUCUCCUGAAGGCCGGUGGUGAGCAGCAACAGCGGUGGGCUCAGGACGGAUCGGGUCUGGUGGCUGCAGCAGCAGCUGAGCCGCAACUGGUGCAAUGGACCUCGGGCGGUAAGCUGCAAAGCUAUGCCCAUGUCAGCCAGCAACAGCAGCAGCAGCAACAGCAACAACAGCAGCAGCAACAGCCGCAUCAGAGCACACCCAAGUCCAAAAAACACCGUCAAGAGCAUGCAGCUGAGUUGAUAUACGCCAGCCCCUCGACAUCGGCCAACGCGGCCCAGAAUUUGGCCCAGUCCACACCCACCUCAGCGCCCAGCAACAGCAGUGGCGGCAGCACUAGCUCCUCCGGUGGCGGAGGAGGUGGCGGUCGCAAGAAGGCCUCGCAGGCAGCAGCCGCUGCAGCUGCCGCUAAUGGAGUUCACAUUCAAAAGCGAUACGCCUGCACCCAUUGUCCGUAUUCGACGGAUCGAAGGGAUCUGUACACCCGGCACGAGAACAUCCACAAGGACGAGAAGCCCUUCCAGUGCUAUGCCUGCCUCAAGCAGUUCAAUCGUGCCGAUCAUGUCAAGAAGCACUUCCUGCGCAUGCAUCGUGAGCUGCAGUACGAUAUAAACAAGACCCGUCGCCAUGUCUCCGCGGGCAGUGGUUCCUCUGGCAGCGGAUCCUCAGGCAGUGGAUCUCAUCAUUCCGGCGGACGUGGCAAUGUGACCAUUAACUCGGCGGGCGUAAACAUAGACAAUGCCUUCUUGGAGGCGCAACGGCAUCCCACCUCGACCAGCAUGAGCAUCGUGGAGACUAUCGAAGCGGUGGCCUCAGCGGCGGAUAUGCCGUUGGCCCAGCUCAAGCAGGAGAAGCUGGACGAUGGAGCCGGAGGUGUCCUACCGCUCCAUGUGGGCGUUAUGCAGCAGCAACAGCAACCGGUGGCCAGCUCAAGUUCCGGCAGCAGUGGCAGUCAUAAUGGAAAUGGCAACGGCAACGGCAGCAACUCGGGCCUGUUGAAACCGAAGCGAGAGAAGCGCUUCACCUGCUGCUACUGUCCAUGGUCUGGAGCGGAUAAGUGGGGCCUCAAGCGCCAUCUCAAUACGCACACAAAGCCCUUCGUUUGCCUGCUCUGCGAUUACAAGGCGGCUCGCUCCGAGCGCCUGGCCACCCAUGUGCUCAAGGUGCACAAUAAGAGGGCAUGCAGCAAGUGCUCCUAUCUGGCGGACACACAGGAGGAGUAUCAGGCUCACAUAAGCGAUGUGCAUCCGCACGAUAAUCGGCCGGCGCGCAGCGGCAACGGCAACCAGAGCGGCGGCGGCAGCAGCGGCAAUAGCAACGGCAAUGGUAAUGGCAAUGGGAAUGGCAAUAAUGCCAACUCCAAUGCCAAUGCCGGUGGCCACAGCCAUAGCCAGAAUCUCAAUGUGCUGCGCACCAUUGGCAACAGCCUGGUGGCCAACAAUCAGCUGAACACCUAUGCCGGCAACGCUUUUGGCUCGUCCAGUGGCAAUGUGGGAAAUGCGAAUGGAGGCGGCGGCGGAGGUGCCGUUACCAUCUAUACCACCACUACCAAUGAGGGCGUGGCAGGCGGCACCGGUGGCAACGGUGGCAGCGGCGGCAUUAGCAGUAACAUCACUGGCGGCGGACCGCUCCAGGAGAUCAUCGUGAAUCCAUCGUCGAUGGUCGGUUGGCGGCUGAGCGCCAAUGGGUCACUGAUACCGCCGCAUGACCUGCUCACCGGCGGCUUGCCAAAUGCAGCCACGCAAAAGCGCGGCUCGGAGCGAUUGUUUCAAUACCUCGAAGCCGAGGGCAGCGAUCCGGAGGACUAUGCGCGUCUGCUCAAAAUGGACGCCAUUAGUCGCAACACCGCUUCGGUCGCUCAGGAUUUUCAUAAGGCGGGAGGCGUGCACGAGUUGAAAAUACCAGCCAAUCAUCAACUCUUGUUUAACAAUAAACUGCCUUCGCAAUGGACGACACGAGAGGCUGCUGCACUGCUGUACAGCCUGAGCAGCAUGGGCAACAAUAAUGGCAGUUCCGGUUCCGUUUCCGGCUCCCAGCGCCAAAAGUUUGGCAUGCGAGCGCGACAACAUUCCACCGGCGAGGAUGACGAGAAUACACCAUCGUCGGCGUCCUCGUCUAGCUUCUCUGGUGAUGAGUUCAACAUGAGCGCCACAUCGCCGUUGAAGCUGUCGCGGCAUGCUGCACUCAAGCUGGAGAAGAAAAUGGAGGAUUCCAAGGAACUGGUGCCCACCAAGGCGAUGAUGGCAACGGCAUUUCUGGAGGCGGCCAACUACGAACAGACGGCCAUCGAGCUGCUGGCCAGCAAGCGGAAGAUCAAGGUCGAGAUCGAGAAUGAUGAGGAGAACGAGAACGACGAGGAUCAGGAGAAUCAGCAGCAGCAACAAUUACAGUCACAUCAGCAGCAUUCCCAGCAGCAGCAGCAGCGAUUGCAGCUUAUUAAAUCGUCUCCCGCGUAUAAAUUGAACAACAAUAACAAUAACAAUAGCAACAGCAAUAAUAACAAUAACUACUACAAGGACAAGACAUCGCACAGAAAUGCCGUUCACCAUCAUCAUCGCCAGGAUGACAAGGAGAACAAGACCAAGUCGUCGCCAACAGCAGCAGCAAUAGCAGCAGCAGCUGGUGUACCUGCAGCUGCAACAACGCCGCCCAGCAGCAGCACUAACCAGACAACGUUUCUCACCCAAAUGGAGUACCAGAAUCUCAAUCGCAUUGGUACUCAGUUCCAGAACUAUGUCAAGGACAUCAUAAACAAGUAUUAUGCGGCGGAGACGCCUCUAAUGCUGGCCGCUGCCGCUGCUGCAUUGCCCACGGCCACGACAACGGGUCAGCAGCAGCUGCCGGACAUUGAGAACCUGUCGCCCAGCAAGCGUCGGCGUCUGCUCAGCGAAACCGAGGAAUACAUCGAAUAUCUGCGAAAUAAGGAGGAUAUUACCUUGACCAUUGCACCAAAGGUCUCCCGGCCUGCAUCGCCGUCGCUGCUCAAGCGCCAGUUGGAUCUUACCGCGCCACGUCGCAGUCCAAAGAAGGCACCACCAGCUAACAAUGUCUCCCGGAAGUCCCUCAACCAAUUGGCCACGUUGCUGCCCCUUCUGGCUGAUGCGGCCAGCAAGCAAGAGUAUUUGGCCGCUCCGUUGGACUUCAGCAAAAAGUCCAGCUCUCGCAAGCAGGCGCAGCCCAAGAAGAUCCGGCUAACACCCGAGGCGGUGGUGACCAUGCUGCGGGACAAGUACCUCAAUCGAAUGGUGCGCCAGCGUCUGGGAUGCCACAAGUGCAGCCAGUCGAGCGGAAGCAGUGGCAUCAGCUUCAACUACCAUACGCUGGGAUCGUUGGCAUUGCACAAGUAUUGGCGCCAUCGCCACGAGGGAACCGCCAGUGGAAAAAAGCUGCGGGCGGCGCUGCAGAAAAGGAUUGCCGGAAAAUCGCUGGCGACCGUGUAGAUUUUUCGGUUUUGUUCUUGGAAAAUGUUUUGCUUGGAAUGCAUUUGGCAUUUUUCUGACUUUUGAAAAUUGUUUAAAAAAUUGCAUUUAAUUUUUUAAAUUUUAAGUUGUGAUGUACCUGAAAUAUGAUUUCUCUUAAAAAAAAAAAUACUUAAACAAACAAAAAAACAAAUCACAAUUCAAGCAGGGCAGCCGCUUGCAGGUGAAUUUCAUUAUCUUAGUUGUACAAUUGAACUAACUCACAAGACACUCACAAACACACUCACACACACCCUUGUACACACAUAUUCACAAGGAUAUUUAAUGAUUUAUUAACUGGAAUGAGCAUUUAUCAAAAUGUAUUAUUUCCACCAAUUGUAUUUCCUUUAUUUUUCGAAUGAAUCAUGUGAAGUAUAAAAGCUUUAAUUUGCCAUUUUACAAAGCUUGCUGCGUUUAGUUACGAGUAAUAACGAUUGCCAUCUUUUUACACUUAUAAAUAUAUUAUAGCCUUUAGUCAUCAUUAGUCGUUACGUUGCCUUAGUUUACGGAUUAAUUUAUGGAACUGCAAAACGCGAACCUCAUCGAACAAACCCUUUUGCCUUACUUAUCAUUUAAGCUUUAACGUGAAAAUACAUUAAGUUUUAGUUGCUUUAAGUUAAGUUACCUCCUUCUCGGAGCAGUCACGCCCACUCAAUGCCCUCUCACAAGACAUUCUCUCGAGAAGCGUUUUAAAUACGAAAGAAGCGUCUAUAUAAAUAUUUAAAAAACAAGCUUAAAAUGAACAAAACUACAUAUAUAUAUUACUGUACGUGUAGAUGUAUUCAUGAUUUUAUCAGAAACAAAACCAAGUUAGAGAUUGCGAAGCGAAGGACAAGAAGGACAUAUGUCAAAAUACUCAACAAAACAUGGAUAGAAUACAACAACAAAAAACAACAACUUUUUCACCACACACUGGAAACAAGAAAAAUAUUUGACUGAAAAGUGUCGGGGAAAAGAACAUUAUAUAAUAUAUAUGUAUGAAUAAAGGUAUAAACAAUUUUAGUGUAAAA